GUCUGGCCUAGGUAAAUUACCUACCUACUACCUACCUAGACUGCUCUACUCUGCUCUGCUCUGCCCGGCUCGGCUCUGCUGCUGGACCAACAGGAAUGCCCACCAGUGCCCAGGCUAAGGUAGUCAUCAUCCCAUCCCCAGGUGGGCAAGGUAAUUUGUAUUCUACACUACUGGUAUUGUUAUUUGGGGACCCUGCUUCUUCUAGCUUCCAUUGUUGUGCUUCUUCCUCACCUCACUCUCUGCUUCUCACUUCACUUAUCCUUAUCCUUAUCCUCCCUCAUAUCUGGCUUCAUCUUUCUUUACAAUUUGCAAAUAUUACUUUGUUGUAAUCUUUGCCCUCUGAGUCUCUCCUUGACAUUUGUCUCCCGCCCGCGUCAGAGCUCUUUAGCCUUAUCGCCCCAUUGCAUCAUCCCAUCCCAAGGCAAGGCGCAUUACAGUACAUUGCUGCAGCCUUCUCCUCCGACUUCGAUCCCUCCUCAUCAAUCAACCUCUCAACCUCACUAGAAACAACAGUCAUGCGUUUCUCAACCCUCUCCCUCCUCGCUCUGCCAGUAUUGGCUGCUGCGCAAGAGUCCCCUCUCGAGCAAGCAAAGGCUCAAGCCCAGUUCUAUUUCGACAAGAUCGCAUCUUACAUUCCAAACCCUAACAAGGCGCACACUCCUGAGGCUGCCGCUGCUAAGGCUGGAGGUAGGACAUUGAACAUCUUGACCCUCGGCGACUGGGAGAAGACCAUCCGCUCAAGUGUCAAGCCGGCAGCCACUACCCCAGAGGAGUGGUGGGUUCUCGUUACUGGAGGAAACACCACUUGCUUUGGCCAGUGUGCUAAAAUGGAGAAAGCAUUCAAUGAGACUGCUCUCUUGUGGACCGCCAACCCAGCUGCUCCUCACUUGGCCUACUUGAACUGCGACAACCAGCCAGUUCUCUGCAACUCGUGGAGCGCCGGACCUCCAGCACUUUGGAUCUUGGAUGUUCUCCCCAAGCCAGCUCCUGUCACUAUCCGAACCCGGAGACUGAAUACUACCACCACCGAGGUCAAGACCUUCACAGAUCUCCUCUCCAGCCAAUCUUACAAGGAGUUGGAGGUCUACGAGGGUGUCUUCCACCCAUUCGACGGCUUCUUCGCUAAGAACCACCUCGCCGUUCCUCUUGGAUACUUCUUCUGGGUCUUCGCUGUCAUCCCCUCAUGGUUGUUCAUGAUCGGUAUUUCCUUUGCGAGCAGAACCAUCAUGUUAGUAGUCAGCUAUGAGAAAUGAAGACUGUAUACUGACUACAUUUACAGGAGCAACAGAGCAGCCGCACCCCAAGGUCGCAGACCAGCCGCCCCAGCUACUGCAGCUCGUGUAAGUAAUUCCAUGCAAGGAAAACAUCCGCUUCUAGCUAACUAGAGACUAGUAAAACUUCGUUGACGAGGAAGGGAUACAUCUCCCAAAAGGAAACUGGUUAGGUUGGAUACGGAACUCUGCUUCAUCUUGUCAUGUCGGGAGACGAUUAUAUAGUGAUCAUAAUUUCCAUUGGGUAUCAAAAACUCCUGUAAUGCUGUAGAAAUCAAAACAUUGAACAAAAU